AUGUUCUGCAUCGCAAGACUUCUCGAAUCCUGGAGAGACGACAUUUCCACGUCAGACACCAAAACAUCAAAAGCUUUCGAGGCUACCAAUGCAAUAGUUUCAAAAUAUAAAAAUGUUACACCAAUGCUGCAGUUGAAUCAGCCAGUAAAUCAACCAGUGCGAGACGUUAUCGAAGCUGAGAAAAAGUUUGGGAUAUCUUACUUCAGAGACUACUACGGCGUCGACAUUAUAGAGGGCCAGUUUCGUAUAGUGUUUUCAGCUCGGUUCCAGCGUCGCCCUAAAUAUAUUUAUUUAAUAUCCUGCCCACAAGUGAUUCGUGCCCCUAAUUUUACCACCAAUGAUCGGGAGUUACUUCGAGUCAAACUUGAGAGUGUGAUGGACCGUAUACCAGAAUCAGAAUGGGACAAACUUAAGAAUCGUUACAAUAUUACUCGAACCGAGUGGCUUGUUAUUUCUGACGAGCAGGAAGAAUUUGGGCUUUAG